AUGCAGGUCCCCUUUAUGUCUCUGGAGUCGGGAUUGUCGGGAACCCCGGAAGGCGCAGACGGUGACCUCUUGCUACUCAUCGCAGAUGCUUUAAACGCAACUCUGAAGGUAAUGACUCCAUAUUGGGGCUCCGGCUUUGGGCAGCUAAACAAUCACGGUUAUUGGUCAGGAUCCUUGGCAGACGUUUACUAUGACCUUGCAAAUUUCUCUAUGACAUCCUCAUGUAUAACGCUGACCAGAAGCAGAGAUUUUCAUAUGUCCACAAACUACUAUUCGAUCAAUAUUGUUUGGGUCACUCACCCUGCAAUACCGCUGCCAGCUUGGCAAAGACUUAUGCGACCAUUUCAAAUAAUAGCUAGGAUAUCUUUAGUUGUUACAUUUUUAUUCGUCAUACUGGUAGCUGUGUUCCUCAAAAGCAAAUACUGGACUAAAAUUUCCACAAGAAUUAUUACGGCUGCGCGACCUCAUAAAAGCUUCUUGUUCAAAGCAUGGGCAACUUUCAUGGGUAUGCCCAUGACGACAUUGCCUUCAAAACCGGCAUGUAUGACUAUAUUUUUGCUUUGGGUAUAUUAUUGUUUUAUGAUACGAACGUUCUAUUAGACAUCAGGACAUCACUUAUACGCGCCAUGAAAAAUAACUAUAA